ACCCGAGGCCUCCGAUUGGCGCGCAUCCAAGUAGCCGACCGAGGUUGCCUCAUCAGUCUCGAGCCUCAACUUUCUCUUGCCUCCCAUUUGCAAGCCCCAUAUAAGCGCACACAUGACAGUGAACCUCCUCGCAAGCUGGCCCGCUCUACUUUCCAUCAGCACACUCGACUGCACACUCACCCACCGCAUCCGCACCACACCCACCACAAUGCUGCGCACACUCACCCAGCUGCCGCGCCAGCUCUCGCGCCGCGCAGCACCCUUCAGCACCUCCGCCACACACAAAACUGCCUUCGGCGGCCCCGCGCCCCCCCGCCUCCCCAAGGAAGACCAAGAAGUCUUCGAGAAGCUGCAGAAGCAAUCCACCGGCGCCUUCUCGCAGCCCAAGCCCGACCCCGAGCCCACAUCGCAGUCCGCAUCGCAGCCCAGCACUAUGCGCGUCAACCAGUCCCCCGACUCAUCUUCUCCCGAAAUCAGAUUCGAGAACGGCAAAGAUAUCAAGAAGGGGGAUGAGUUCCAUCCUAACAUGCGCCGUGGCGCGCCGCCCGAGUUCGAGGGCGAUACGAAUCCGAAGACGGGCGAGGUUGGUGGGCCGAAGAACGAGCCGUUGCGCUGGGGGAGUGGGGAGGGGAGGGGGGAUUGGAGUUAUAAUGGGAGGGUUACUGAUUUUUAGUGUGGUUGGAAUUUAGUCUUGGGAUGUGUUGAACGGGAUGUGUUGAACGGUAUGUGUUGAACGGGAUGUGUUGACCGGGAUGUGGGAUCGAAGACUUGUUGCUUUGUUUGAAUUUUGAAGCCUUUCUUCUGUUGUUCAUGCAAAAUGCUACGUCGUGGCGUUCUGCUACUCGACCAAUAUCUUCCAUCACUCGGUUUCCCCGCCACGUGACAAGGCCGCAGCUCCAGCAAUGUAGCAAUCACCUCACGCUUACAUGCACCCACACCUCCGAAUGACUCCCUUCGAAGCAAAAUCACGCAAUUCCGUCCCAGCAGCAUCCGGUGAAGCGUCGCGGCUGGCACGAAUCCUCACAUUUUCAAGGCGUGCAGCUCACAGUCCUACACCAUGCAGCAGCAGUCCAGACCCCGCAGUCUGUCGUGCACUUCCCAACACGGAGGCGGCACGCUGCAGGCGGCACGCCACACGCG